AUGAUGAUGAUCUCCACUCCUAAAAUCCUUGGCCACACUCGCUCCUCCAGCCUCCCCUCUCGAUCCCAUUCCCACCCUCUCAUCCCCCAAUUCAACCACCACCUCCAAACCCUCCACCCCGACUCCACCUCCCUGCUCUCCAUCUCCCAAAACCUAACCACCCUCCACUCCCUCUACAACUGCCUCGACGACUUGCUCCUCCUCCACCACACCCACCAGCUCUUCUCCCGCGAUUCCCACCACAAAUGGGUCCACCAAGUCCUCGACGGCUACCUCGCCCUCGUCGACGCCUGCGCCACCGCCAAAGACAUCCUCUCCCACGCCAGGGACCACCUCCUCCACCUCCACUCCUUCCUCCGCCGCAGACGAGACUCUGAUCAUCUCAUCGCCUCCAGAAAAACAGCCAAGAAGAUGAUCCACAAGACCCUCAGACGCAUCACCUCCUUGAAGCAUAAACCCUCCGUUUUAGCUCUGGCAGAUAAAGAUGCUGAAGCCAUCGCUGUGAUAAGCAUGUUGAAGGAGACCGAGGCCGCCACUCUCGACCUCAUCGAGUCGUUGCUGUGCAGCGUCUCGGGCGCCAGGAGCUCAUCAAGCGGAUGGUCUCUCGUGUCGAGGCUGAUUGGCUCGAAAAGAUGCUCGGGACAAGAUGAUCAUGACCACAAACAUAGGCUAGAGUUUAGUGAGCUGGAUGCUGCCUUGGAGAAGCUUGUGAGAUUGGAUGGGACGGUGCAGGUUGAUGAGCUUGGGAUGCAGUUGAGAGAGAUGGAGGAGAGCCUUGAUGUUGUAGAAGACAAAGUCGAGGGUUUGUUUAAGCGUUUGGUCAGAACCAGAGUUUCACUACUCAACAUGCACAGCAAUUAG